GAGGGGCAAUGGGGAGGUGGGGCUCACUGACACUCCCCACUUUCCAGUCAGUGUAACGGGCCACCUGCCCCUCGGCAGCCCGGCACCCCCAUCACACGUGAACAGCGCCCCGGGGAGCCAGCUGGUAGGGGGUCGGGAAUGAGUGCGAGGCAGAGCCCUGCCAGCCAGAGCUCAGCUAGGCCUCCGCACCGGCUGGGCCCCCGGCCCUCUCCCUCCCCUCCUGCCACCGCUCUGGCCUGGUCCGAGUGCCCAUCUGCUGCGUCCUUGCCCAGCGGCCUCGCCCCCGUGCCAUCCCUCCCGCUCCCAGAGGACAGGGAGAGACUGGUCCUUGGGAUCGUGAAAUCAGAGAAGGCCCCGAUGGCCCAAGGCGGAUCGAGUCCCUCCUCCCUGUGCCCGGCAGCCCAUUAAACACAAGCCACCAACGUUGGGGAACGGUUCCAGAGAUGGUAUUUUCUUCCCUCUUGCAAGUCACGGGACCAACGACUGGGGCAUAGCUUGCCUCCGACCCUGUCACUUAUGUAUAAUCGUUCUCAUGACCUCUGACCAUGUGGAGGUGACGUUCAGCGACAUGGAGCCCAUGCAGGAUGCCUUCAGAGGGGCCAAGAAAGGCAGCCUCUUCCUGACCCCGUACCGAGUUAUCUUCGUGGCCAAGGGCCGGGACCCCCUGCAGUCAUUCAUGAUGCCAUUCUACCUGAUGAAAGACUGUGAGAUCAAGCAGCCCGUCUUUGGCGCCAAUUACAUCCGAGGGACAGUACGGGCUGAAGCGGGAGGAGGCUGGGAAGGGUCGGCGACCUACAAGUUCACCUUUGCGGCGGGAGGCGCCAUUGAGUUCGGGCAGCGCAUGCUGCAAGUGGCGUCUCAAGCUUCCAGAGGGGAAGUUGCCGGUGGAGCCUACGGGUGCUCCUACCUUCCCAAUGGGGCCUACGCCGUCUUUCCCCCGCCGCCAGCUGCCAAUGGCCUGUAUUCCAACUCCCCUGGCUAUCCGUACCCACCACCCCCACCUGAGCUGUACCCAGGGCCGCCUCUGACCGCGGGGUUCAUGGCACCCCCACCACCUCCGUAUCCCGGGCCGAUGAUGCCCCCUGCCAGUGACCAGGGCGGCCCAGACCUCCCCUCCACCCCUGCAGCGGAAGCCAAAGCUGCAGAAGCAGCUGCCAGUGGCUACUACAACCCUGGAAACCCUCACAAUGUCUACAUGCCUCCGGACCAGCCUCCACCUCCUCCCUACUACCCGCCAGAGGACAAGAAGACUCAGUAAUCGGGCGGCUGGCACCUUCCAUGGCUGCCCGAGGGCUGAGUCCGGAAAAGGGGGCAUCGGUCCGGGGCCUGGGUGUGGUCUGUAGUGGAGGGAAAGGAGAGGAAGGGCCAGGGCAGGUGGGCAGAGCUGCCUCUUCCAGGACUAUCCCUUAAGUUUCCCUCAGGAGACGGGGUCUCUCUCCAUGCCGCUUUGGGAUCAUGCCCCGCCGUGCCCUGCCACACCGGCCUUCCCCUCAGGUGGGUUCUGGCUUCUCCAGAACCUAAUGGAGGAGUGGUGAAAUGUCCAGAGCCUGGUGGGGGACCUGGGGUGAUUGGGGAGGGACCCCCCCCCCCAACUUCCUCUUCAUCUGCCCCCACCCCCAACCCACUUGAGUUAUCUCACUUCUGUGUCCUAGCCCGAGACCUAAUGUGGUCCUCAAAGCGUUCUGGUCUUGGCCCCCAACCCUGGUGGGGCCCCGGCUCUUGUCUGGAUCACUCACUCUCCUGUCCUCUCCUUCCCCCCACCCCCUCCCCGUGCCUAACACUGAUCUCCGAAAUGGUUCCCACCUGGGUGUGCUCUGAGAUUUACUCCCUGCACCUGGGGCUCUCACCGGGUGCUGCUCCCCAGCUGUGACUGCCGGCCCGGCCUCAGGAGAAGAUGCUGCUGCAGCCCCCUCCCCAGCCUAACCCCUCACUCCCCUUGGCUCUCUCCCCCCCACGGUGAGCUUCCAGGCUGAUGGGCCCUGCUGGGGUUCCCUGGGUGGGUCAGAGCCAGCUAUUUAAGAGAACUCUUUAUUUAUCCCCCAGAUUCCCAGUUAAUAUAUGAAUGCGAAGCGUGCCGCACUCUGUUUGCCGAAGCUGUGACUCAGUAAAUAACGUUGCUGCUACUGA